AAGGAGCGCCGCCGCCGCCUCGGCCUGCACCUCGGUCCACGCCGCCCGCGCCCGGGCCGCCCAGGGACUUUGAAUAUGUCGGGGAUCGCCCUCAGCAGACUCGCCCAGGAGAGGAAAGCUUGGAGAAAAGACCACCCAUUUGGUUUUGUGGCUGUCCCGACAAAAAAUCCCGAUGGCACGAUGAACCUCAUGAACUGGGAGUGUGCCAUUCCAGGAAAGAAAAGGACUCCAUGGGAAGGAGGCUUGUUUAAACUGCGGAUGCUUUUCAAAGAUGAUUAUCCAUCCUCACCACCGAAGUGUAAAUUUGAACCACCGCUAUUUCACCCAAAUGUGUACCCUUCGGGGACGGUGUGCCUGUCCAUCCUAGAGGAAGACAAGGACUGGAGGCCAGCCAUCACAAUUAAACAGAUCUUAUUAGGAAUACAGGAACUUCUAAAUGAACCAAAUAUUCAAGACCCAGCUCAAGCAGAGGCCUACACAAUUUACUGUCCUUGGCUUAACAAUGAUGUGAAUCUUGUAACAUGA